AGUUGCGAAGAGACGUCAUGGCAACAGUGGUGGACAAUGACACAACGAGAUUGGGGGAAGGAAACUGCUGCGGUAAAUCAGGGAUUGCGGUUGAGAGUAACGACUCAAAGCUGGAGGAUUCCCGGGUGGAAGGAGAAACUGAAGAAUCUGAGAAAGAAGAAUUAGCAAUUGAUGACUCCUUCUCCAAAUCAUCAGGCCAGAAACCAGUGAUAGUAGAAGGAAAACGACGGAGGACUGCUGUACAAACUUUCACCAGUGCAGCUCCUGCGAAAGAGAAAAAGGGCUUGGAUUUUGAAGUGGGACGUGGUACUCUACUUGGAGAAAUUGAGAUAGUUACGGAGUACAUGAGUAAGACACAUUCGGAUAGCUACAUCUCAAUGCACCGGCUCAUGUACAAUAGUCAAGGAGUAUCCCUACAACGCAAAGGAAAUGUCCGCAGGUUCAACGGGUUCAAUUUCGACGAGAAUUCCAAAUUGUACUCAAGCAAACUAACCUCAAUCAAAAAAAUGAAGUCAGUCGACAGGAAACUGUCAAUGAAACUGCUGGGCCUCAAUCAGAACUCAACCAUGCAAGAACUCAUGGACUUUCUUAUGUCACCAGAAGAUAAAGGCAGACAUGCUCCUAGCAAAAAGAAAAGUAAGACACCCUCCAAAAGACGAAGGUCGUCCACAAAAGAUGACGAGGGAAAGACGACUCCUGCCAAAAAGAAAUCGGCUGCAAAAUCGAAACCCAAAACGACUCCAAAAAGAAAGAAAGCUACUCCAAAGAAACGGGACACGGACGAUGAGGUAGAAGGAGACGACUCCUUAAGUGAGUCAGAAUCAGUUUCAGAAGACAAUGAUCUUGAAACAAAUACUAUUACUAACCCAACGAAAAAACGUAAACUCAGUGAAUCUAUAACGGACAUUUCGAAAGAUGAUUCCUUCUCUGGUCCAACCGAUGAAGAUUUGAUUGGUUCAAUUAAGAAGACUGUUGAAAAUAUAGACUUGGAAGAAGUCUCCAUGAAAGAUGCCCUCAAAAAGAUAUAUGGUUUAUAUCCUGGUGUGGAUUUGACGGACCGAAAGUCCUUCAUCAAGGAUAAUAUCCGCAAACUUAUCGGCUGAGUUAUGAGUUAGCGUUGUUAACGCUUAUAUUUUUCUCGAUGAAACGAAGUCUCGCGCAGCCUUUGAACCAUUGACGUCAAAAAUAAUUUAUUUUUAACCUUUAUAAUCAUCGUUCCUUAAUAAAUAUAAAUGUUACAGCAUACUGGGUAAUCUAAAUCGGGAGGACAUUGUUCCCCUUAAUGGUAAAUUUUAAUCUUUUGAAAAAAAUUAUCACUGUUUUACUACAACUAGCAGAUUUGAGGGAUUGAGACAAUGAUUUGAUUUUGUUGUUAAAUUUAAUCGAAAAUUGUUAAUGCUUUAGCGAUGAAAUAAUAGCGUUAUUUAUUCCGUGGUUGUUAUUACAAUUUAUAUAUAUAUAGUAUGUUAGCUUCAGUUUGAGCUUUAAGUUUUUUGACUGACGUCUGGUAUCCGUUUUAAUAUUGUAAAGGUGAGAUAUAUAAGCUAAUAUAUUUAUACAUGCUCAAAGAAACUGACUUUAUAUGCGUUCUACUUAUAAUUUAUAAUAUUAAUUGUUUGAACCAAAAAUUAA